AUUUAAGCCACUUCCUACAUGCAUGGUUCCUAACUUAUAUAUAGGACAAAGGGUCAUUGCAGCUCAUGAAGAAGCCAGAUGCUAAUGAAGCGCAAACAUUGAAGAAUAUGUGGAAUUUGGUAGUAGUUUUCACCCCUUUGGUUCCCGGCAUGGAAUUUCCAAAGGGGGCGCAGAGAAAGGCCUCCUCCUGCUCCUAAGAUGUUUUAAGAGAUUACGGCCUCCCUGCAUAAGGAUUUCGACAAAGGUUUUCUACUGCAACCACUCCUGUCAGGAGGAGCUGUAUGAGAUAUUUGUAUCUUGAAAAUAAGUGAUUGGUAUUGGAUUCGAAUUCAAGUUUGCACUUGCAUGCAGCUAAACACAGUAACAAGUUGUAAUACAGCACAGUUGAAGUGGAGGGCAAUCCGGUCAUUUAGCGCGCUGUCUAGUACUCUAGACCUCUAGUACGAACACACCGCCCAUCAUAAGCUAUCCCUCCGUCCACCUCGCUUCUUGCAGAGACACGACACGCCUUUCGCUGCUCCCACUGCUUGCAGGCUGAUGUCCUCUGCCGGCGCGGCAUCAUUGCAUCAAGCGCCAGCUCGCCGGCGCGGCCAACAGCUGCACCGCCGCCAUGUCAAGCGAUCUCUCCGCGCGCUCGUCGCCUUCCUCCUCCACAGCGUCGCCUUCCGGUGACGCGCGGCGGACACGAGACCAAGUGCAGGCAACGCCGCCGCAGCAGGGACGACUGGCGAACAACGCCGGCCGCCGGGGUCGGCGUCAUCGGCGCGGGCUGCCGUGGCGCCUGGGCCUCCGCGGGCUCGGCGCGGCGUGGGCGCUGGACCCGCGGGCGAGGUGGGUCCGGGACUGGAACCGCGCCUACCUGCUCGCCUGCGCCGCGGGGCUCAUGGUGGACCCGUUCUUCCUGUACACCGUGUCCGUGAGCGGUCCGCUCAUGUGCCUCUUCCUCGACGGCUGGCUGGCCGCCGCCGUCACCGCGCUGCGCUGCGCCGUGGACGCCAUGCACGUGUGGAACGUCGCCACGCAGCUCCGCCUGUGGCGCGACGCGGCGCGGAACAAGCGCGCGGUGGACGGCAGCUCGGGCGACGAGGAGCAGCAGGCGGCCGCCGCGGAGGAGGAGGACGAGGAGGAGGGCGCCGAGGCCGCGCAAAAGCUCCCGGCGGACGCGAGGUCCAAGAAGGCCUUGAUGCUGGACUUCUUCGUCAUCCUCCCCGUGAUGCAGGUGGUGGUGUGGGUGGCGGCGCCGGCGAUGAUCCGCGCGGGGCUGACGACGCCGGUGAUGACGGUGCUGCUGCUGGCGUUCCUGGUCGAGUACCUGCCCAAGAUCUGCCACGCGGUGCGCUUCCUCCGGCGGAUGCAGGCCCAGUCCGGCUACGUCUUCGGCACCAUCUGGUGGGGCAUCGUGCUCAACCUCAUGGCCUACUUCGUCGCCGCCCACGCCGUGGGCGCGUGCUGGUACAUGCUCGGGGUCCAGCGGGCCAGCAAGUGCCUCGAGGAGCAGUGCCGGCUGCAGGCGGGCGGGUGCGCGCGCGGCGCGGUGGCCUGCGCCGCGCCGCUCUACUACGGCGCCGCCGCCCCCGCCGGCGCCGGCGAGCGGCUCGCGUGGGCCCGGAACGCGCAGGCCCGGGGCACGUGCCUGACCAGCGGCGACGGCUACCAGUACGGCGCGUACAAGUGGACGGUGAUGCUGGUGUCAAACCCGAGCCGGCUGGAGCGCGUGCUGCUCCCCAUCUUCUGGGGCCUGAUGACGCUGAGCACGUUCGGCAACCUGGAGAGCACGACCGAGUGGCUGGAGAUCGUGUUCAACAUCGUGACCAUCACGGGCGGCCUGGUCCUGGUCACCAUGCUCAUCGGCAACAUCAAGGUGUUCCUGAACGCGACCACCUCCCGGAAGCAGGCGAUGCACACGCGGCUCCGCGCCGUGGAGUGGUGGAUGCAGCGCAAGGGCCUGCCGCGGGCGUUCCGGCACCGGGUGCGGCAGUUCGAGCGGCAGCGGUGGGCCGCCACGCGCGGCGUGGACGAGUGCCAGAUCGUGCGCGACCUCCCCGAGGGCCUCCGCCGCGACAUCAAGUACCACCUGUGCCUGGACCUCGUCCGCCAGGUCCCGCUCUUCCAGCACAUGGACGACCUCGUGCUCGAGAACAUCUGCGACCGCGUCAAGUCCCUCAUCUUCCCCAAGGGAGAGACGCAGAUCGUGAGGGAGGGCGACGUGGUGCAGCGGAUGCUGUUCAUCGUGCGGGGCCACCUGCGGUGCAGCCAGGCGCUCCGGAACGGGGCGACGAGCAGCUGCACGCUGGGGCCAGGCAACUUCAGCGGCGACGAGCUGCUGUCGUGGUGCCUGCGGCGGCCGUUCCGGGAGCGGCUGCCGACGGCGUCGGCGACGCUGGUGACGCUGGAGAGCACGGAGGCGUUCGGGCUGGACGCCGCGGACGUCAGGUACGUGACGCGGCACUUCCGGUACACGUUCGCCAAGGACGCGGUGCGGCGCAGCGCGCGCUACUACUCGCCCGGGUGGCGCACCUGGGCCGCCGUCGCCGUGCAGCUGGCGUGGCGCCGGUACAAGCACCGCAAGACGCUGGCGUCGCUCUCCUUCAUCCGCCCGCGCCGCCCGCUGUCGCGGUGCGCCUCGCUCGGGGAGGAGAAGCUCCGCCUCUACACCGCCAUCCUCACCUCGCCCAAGCCCACCCAGGACCACGACUUCUAGCUAGUCAUCUAUGGGCCAGGCCAAGCCACAGGCGCCAGCGUUCGAGCUUGCCUGCUGCGUCGUCAUGCUGCAAUAAUACACGACAGAGACUGUUGUAUUACGAAACGGUACAUGCAUGCAUGUCAUCUACUCCUACUACUGCAGACUCACGUGUUCAGAUGCUAUUGGGGUGACCAACAACACGUCACUGGGAGCUAGGGAGAGAGUUCACCGUGAACUUGUGUAAAAAGUAUGGGUGCGGCCGAUUUGCUACUGCUGCAAGUCUCAAAAGCCAAACCUUAUGUGAUUGAGGCCGUGUUUAGUUCCCCUUGAAAUUCUAAAAAAUUUCCAGUGCUGCAGUAAUUUCGAACGGUUGACCAUUAAUUAGAAGUCUUAAGUAUGGAUAAUUGACAAACCCAUUCCA